AUGUUGUCAAAACUCAACAAAAAUCAAGAGUUUUCUGCCAAUAGUAUAUGGCAACGAAACUUGUCAAAAGCUCGUGACAACGAAAUAAAUGUUGAAAAUCUACUGGAUCAUCCAUUUAAAUUAUUACUCGAAGUGUUAAAUGGUUUUAAAUUAUUAAACGAUACUGAUCCAGCUGGUUUGCUAUUAUCUUUAUUUGCUUCGGUCGGUCACUUUGCUGGUGAGUCGACUGUAAGAAUACGAAAUCAUACUAGCAAUUUAAAUAUUUUUUUGUUACUAAUUGGUCCAUCUGGCAGUGGAAAGACAAAAAUUGUUGCACCAAUAAAGAAUAGUAUUAUAAAUACCAUCAAGUCCUUAGGUAUAUCAGAAGAUCAAAGUGCUAUUAUGGAUGAUUUUACUACGGCUUCAUUGUCAGCUAAAUUGGCAAAAUCGAACGUUUUUAUUGUUACUGAUCAAGCCGAAAAACCACUAUUAGAAAUGGGCUUCUAUUCACCAUCAUCCGAAAUUAGUGCUAGUGAUCGUAUAUCCGGCUAUAAAUACUAUGGUAGCAUACCGACUAGCAACGAUCCAAUGACGUAUCACUUAGAGAUUAGUUCUCAUUUGUCGUUUGUUGGUGCAACAACAGGUCGACUGUGGCACCGUCUAAUCAACUAUUAUGCACAAGGACAUCAAAGGUUUUAUUAUCGUCGAGCAAUAGCAUCUACUAAUUAUCACUGUAGUUAUAGUAAUUUUGUUCUUAGAGAUGCAUGUGUAUCACAAGACAGAGUUUAUGAGAAAAAUCUUAAAUUUGCUGGAGAUAAUGUAAUGCGUCCAUAUGAUAUUAAUUUAAAUUUAAUGUUAAUUUAA